AUGCCAAGACAAAAAAGAGGCCUAUCUCAGCCAAAAACAGCACAGCCUUCCAAACGUAAGAGGAGUGCAACAAAAAGCACACCCUGCACUGUGGUAAAUGAACAACAAACUGAAACCACCUCACCUGCAGCUAUGAACACCAAUGCCGUUCAGGUUGACUAUGUAAAAUUGGCAGCGGAGACACUCAAACAACAAAACGCUGCAUCUCAACAGACUGCACUCAUUCGAGAUCCAUCAGACACCUCAGCUCCAUCCCCUUCAGCUCCGUCUACUUUGGCUCUGUCCACUUCAGCUCCGUCCACUUUGGCUCCAGCCACUUCGGAUCAACCCCCACCGGCUACAUCCUCAGCGUCACAGGCUGCGGAUCUAUUGUCUUUAAUUGACAAUGUUUUUAGUAGUAAAACAGGAGGCUGCCAGCAUUGCCCCAAAUCUGUCUUCAAUACAAACAUUCAUUCCGUCUCACUUACUAGAGAUCUGAGUGCAUCCUCCCAACAUCUUCUUCAGGCUGCACUUUCAACAUCUUCAAGAGUGGCAUACCACAGAAGCUGGCAGCUCUUCCUCCAGUGGAAACCUUCAUUCACCUCAUUACCGGUGUCAGAGGUAGAUUUGUGCAAUUUUAUUGGAUAUCUCUUCUCAGAGAAUUAUGCCCCAUCCUCAGUAUCUUCACAUGUCUCAGCAAUAGGCUACCUCCACAAAAUCUGCAGCUUACCAGAUCCCACUGAAAAAUUCCUACCCAAAAAACUCCUGAAAGGAUGCCAUGCACUAGUGCCACAGCAGGACACAAGACUUCCAAUUACAACGGACAUCCUGCGUAAAAUUAUUCAGGCUAUUAACAUUGUUGAACCACUCUUAGGUAAUAGGUUACUACUUAAAGCCUUCUAUCUUCUGGCCUUUCAAGCUUUCUUAAGAAUAGGUGAACUCGCCACUCGUUCCGCUAACUCUAAUCAUGUAUUACAGCGUUCUGAUGUUAGCUUCAGAGUCUCAAAUGGCAUCUUAUCAGGGGUUACCAUUGUUAUGAAACAUUUCAAGAAUAACACUGAGCAGAAACCAGUUACUUUGCACCUUUCAAACAGCAGUUCCAUUACCUUCUGCCCUGUUAAGGCAUUGUAUGAUUACACUACUCACUUUGCUCACACUUCAGGGCCACUUUUUCAAUUCAUGAGUGGGGAACCAGUCACACACCAUUUUAUAAGCCAGCAGCUAUGCAAGUUAGUCUCAUUCAUUGGCCUUGAUCCAAAACUGUACAAAGGACACAGUUUUCGAAUUGGUGCAGCAACUCAUGCAGCAUCUCUGGGUUUCUCUGAAAACUAUAUUCAGAAGCUGGGUAGAUGGCGCUCGAAUGCAGUACGCAGGUACAUCCGCAUAUCUUCAUUUGAUAUAUAACCUCCCAAAAUCUAUUUAAAUCCACACCUGAGUUCAGCAUCUGGCUGCUCAUUUUUUGUGGAUGGCUAGCAGACCCCUUCCAUUCCUGAGUCCAGCAUUUGGCUGCUCAUUAUACCUGCAUACUUUAUACGAGUCCAGCUUUUUGCUACUUAUCUCAUUUCCCCCUUCCUUUCUGUGCUGGUCUAGCAGUUGGCUACCAGAACAUCCUCAUCCGUAUUUGUCUGCUCACAUAGUUUUGCCAUAUAUUUGUUUUGCAAUAUUAGAAUAUAAAUUCCUACUUCAAAACACAAGAGACAUGGUCAGCAGUUGGCUGCAUGUCUCAUAUCUAUUUUCCCAAUGUAAUAACCUUGUAAAUUUAUGAAUAACUAAACAUUUUUGUAGUAUUUUGCUUUCCCUUGCUGGCUAACCACACUCGAAUAGCUUACAGUUGACAAUUAAUGCCCUUGUUGCUUCAGUAUUUGUUAUUCAUCAGGAACACUUAGUCACAAAACAUGUAGCCAAAUAUGUGUAGUUCAUGUUUUAGUACUGUUUAUAUACAUGAUGGAAAAUUACUGUAUAAAAUUACUGUAAUUUACUGUCUGGGUAAAGUUGUUUUCUUUGGAUUUUCUUUUUUCCUUGUUUGGCGUCUAUCCCUCACUGCUUGAGGGCUUGUGGCGCAAUUGUUUGGACGCCUCCAAGGAUUAACUCAUUUAUGUUAAUUUUUAUGCAUAUGUAUUGUACUCUGAUAUUUUCACUGCAUGUAAUUUUCUAGUCAGUCUCAGGGGGAUCACACUUGUACCUAUCACCUAUGUACAUGUUUCAUCUUGUAGUGUUUAUUAGGUGAUCCCCCUUAAUAAUUUGUUAUACAUUUUACUUUACAUUUUACCUUAUGUCAUUCAAAUAAAUGACAUAAUCGACAAAACUGUA